AUGACAAUCAAUCUUUGGUGCCGAAUGACAGUUGGUAGGAGUCAAAAGUUUAAAAUAAUUACCAGUGUUUAUUUCCAUUUUAAUCUAUUAUUCAGAAUAAACAAUACGUUUAUAGCAUAUAUGCAUAUACGUAUAUAUAUAUUAGAUAUUACUUAAAGCUGUGGAAAAUGUUUACGGCAAGCAAAAAAAUCCAUGGAGGAAAUUUUACUCAAUUUAUCCAAAGAAAGUUCGCCACGAAACACAAACAUGUACAUGAUGUUGAGUAUCAGUACUUACAACGAAGCAAAGUCCCGACUAUGCAUUUCCAGAAGUCAUUACCGCGCUUACCCAUUCCGGAACUAGGUAAAACAAGCGAGCGGUAUUUGAACGCCUUAAGACCAUUGCUCACUUCUAAUCAGUUUGAGAAAGCACAACACCGCACCAAUAAUUUCGUAGUUAACGACGGAAAAGUACUUCAAGAAAAACUUAUUGCAACUGAUAAAGCAAAUAAGCACACCAGCUACAUUUCUGAUUACUGGUUUGACCUAUAUUUGAGGGAUCGAGCUGCUCUUCCUAUCAAUUUUAAUCCUCUGCUAGUAUUUCAAAAUGAUGCCAGGCCAGAGUACAAUGAUCAGCUAGUGAGAGCAAGCAACAUGUUGACAAGUUCUGUGAGAUUUAUGUUGUCAUUAAGAGAACAUAUUCUGGAGCCUGAAGUUUUCCAUUUAAACCCAAAGAAAAGCAAUACACCUUUAUUUAGAACCGUAACAGGAUUACUACCAGAGGCUGUGUCAUGGUAUGGUGCUUAUUUAUUUAAGGCCUUUCCCCUAGACAUGAGCCAGUUUCCAGGCCUAUUUGGAAGUACAAGAAUACCACAGAUCACUAAGGAUAAAAUAUUCAGAGACUUUAACAGCAAACAUGUUGUUGUGCAAAGGAAAGGACAUUUUUAUGUUUUUGAUGUCUUGGAUGCUGAUGGAAAUUUGUUGCAACCAUCAGAGUUACAUGGGAAUUUAAGCAAAAUCAUCAAUGAUGAGAUAUCACAUGCAGAUUUUCCUUUGGGCAUACUGACCACUCAAAAUAGAGAUGUGUGGGCGAAACAACGAACCCACUUAGAAGAGACAGGAAAUAGAGAAGUACUUAGUAAGAUAGAUUCAGCUAUAUUUAACUUAGUACUAGAUGAUGAUGUAAUAGCUGAUGACAAACACAGACUCUUGAAACAUUACCUUCAUGCAGACGGCUUAAACAGAUGGUUCGAUAAAUCUUUUAGUUUGAUUUUAACAAAAGAUGGUGUUUCCGGUAUUAACUUCGAACAUUCCUGGGGUGAUGGUGUUGCCGUGUUGAGAUUCUUCCAAGACAUUUAUAAUGAAACAAUCAACAAACCUUUUGUUCAUCCAGAUAGCAAACCUGCUAGCAGUAAUAUUACUGUUCAAAAGCUAGAAUUCACACUGGAUGAUAAGGCAAAGCAAUUUGUUGAAAAUGCCAAAAAAGACUACAAGAAUUGGUAUGAUUCUUUGAGCAUUGACUACAUUUUGUAUGAAGGCCUUAACAAAGAAGCAUGCAAGAAAUUCAAAGUCAGCCCAGAUUGCAUUAUGCAGUUGUCAUUUCAGGCGGCACAUCACCUUGUGAAAGGCUCUUUUGUAGGAACAUAUGAGUCAUGUAGUACAUCUGCAUUCAAGCAUGGAAGGACAGAGACCAUGCGCCCUUGUACUAUCAAAACGAAGGCAUUCUGUGAAGAUCUUAAUUUAAACAAAAAGUCUAAAGUCGAACUACGCGCUGCUAUGGGAGAGUGUUCCACUUACCACUCACAGUUGGUUAAAGAGGCAGCUAUGGGCCAAGGAUUUGACCGUCAUAUGUUUGCGCUUAUGAAAAUGGCCGAGGAACAUAACUUGCCGCGUCCAGAAAUAUUCGAUUCCUAUGAGUACAAGUUUUUGAAUAAAUCUAUAUUGAGUACGAGCACGUUGUCAGCACCGAGUGUAAUGGCUGGUGGCUUCGGACCAGUUGUUAAAGAAGGUUUUGGUAUUGGAUAUUCAGCUUUUGCAGACAAAUUGGGUGCAGCAGUAACCAGCUACAAACUUCACAACAACAGCACUGAAUUUGUUGAGGCUCUACGUAAAUCAUUCUUUGAUAUAACUGAAGUAUUAUCAGGUUAAAAAAUUUGUAAAUUGCAUUUGCAUGCAUUUUAUAUUAUAAAAGAAAAUCACAUGUCUUCCUUUAUGGCUAUAUUGGCUUAACAAUACUCAAUUAAAGUGGUUUUGAAGUUUUUUAAUGAAGAUAUUAUAAUAACACUCCAUUUGCCUUUUGUAUCGCCUAGUCUAGUCAACAAGUUCAAAAAGUUGUUAACUUGAGAAUUUUAUCAAGAUAAAGCUCCUAGAAAUAUGAGCGAUGGGACUUUCGAUUCGGAAUGACUUUUAAAGAAAUUUAUCUCGAGGAUUUAAAUUGCAAUUGUUAUUAACCAAUUAAAAUCAAGAAAACAGAAAUUUCGUUUUCCUUUAAAAACUAUUCAUAUUUAAGUUAUUUUUUUUAUAUUUCCUUCAAAAAUCAUUUUUGAUCUUUUUGACUAGGUUAUCCAUGGAAAAUAUGAUCAAUAUCACAACUGUGCUACUAAAAUGUGAUGUAGUUAUUAUAGUAUAUUUUAUAAUAAUAUAUUUUUUAUAAGGUGAA